UUCUCUCUUUUUAUCAGUUCUUCGAGAUGAUUUCCGACAGAACCCUGUGGACGUGAUGGUGGCGGCGGGCGAGCCAGCGGUCAUGGAGUGCCAGCCGCCCCGUGGACACCCAGAACCCACCAUUUCCUGGAAGAAAGAUGGAGUCACCAUCGACGACAGAGAUGAGAGGAUAACGAUACGAGGAGGAAAACUGAUGAUUACCAACACCCGCAAAACGGAUGCAGGGAAGUACGUGUGCGUGGGAACCAACAUGAUGGGGGAACGAGAGAGCGAGAUUGCAGAGUUGACUGUUCUUGAGAGGCCCAGCUUCUUGCGAAAGCCGAGCAGCCAGUCUGUCCUGGUGGACCAGAGUGUUGAGUUCAGAUGUGAAGCUCAAGGAGACCCCGUGCCCACCAUCCGCUGGAGGAAAGAGGACGGAGAUCUACCCAAGGGACGGCAUGAGAUCUGGGAGGACCACACUCUCAAGCUGAAGAGACUGACUUCAGGAGACGCCGGUACUUACACCUGUCAGGCGGAGAACAUGAUGGGGAAGACGGAGGCCAGCGCCACCCUCACCGUCCACGUUCCUCCUGUGUUUGUGGUGCGACCCAGGAAUCAAGUAGCCGGGAUGGGCCGCACCGUGACCUUUCAGUGCGAAGCCACGGGAAGUCCUCAGCCUGCUAUAUUUUGGCAGAAAGAAGGCAGUCAGAACCUCCUGUUCUCCUCUCAACCUCCUCCUCCGUCCAGUCGUUUCUCUGUCUCUCAGACGGGCGAUCUGACCAUCACGGCGGUGGAGCGUUCGGACGGAGGCUACUACAGCUGUCAGGCUCUGAACAUCGCUGGCAGUGUGAUCACCAAAGCCCUGCUGGAGGUUACAGAUGUGAUCUCAGACAGACCUCCACCCAUCGUCCGCCAGGGUCCCACCAACCAGACCGUGGCUGUGGACGGGACGGUGGUCCUGGGGUGCCAAGCCACCGGCACGCCGUCUCCCACCAUCCUGUGGAGGAAAGACGGGGUCCUGGUGUCCACCCAUGAUUCUCGACUCAAACAACUCGACACGGGAGCCCUGCAGAUCCGUUACGCUAAGCUGGGAGACACUGGCACGUACACCUGCACCGCGUCCACCCCCAGCGGAGAGGCAUCGUGGAAGGCUUACCUGGAGGUGCAAGAGUUCGGCUCUCCGGUUCAGCCCGGCCGACCCACAGAUCCAAACCUCAUCCCCAGCGCCCCUUCCAAACCAGAGGUCACAGACGUCAGCCGCACCUCAGUGUCUCUGUCCUGGAAGCCCAACCUGAACACUGGAGCCACGCCCACCUCUUAUGUGAUAGAGGCCUUCAGCCAUGCGGCGGGCAGCAGCUGGCAGACGCUCGCGGAUCACGUGAAGACCGAGAGCUUCGUCCUGAAGAACCUGAAGCCCAGCGCCGUCUACCUGUUCCUGGUGAGAGCGGCCAAUGCGUACGGCCUGAGCGACCCCAGCCCCAUCAGCGACGCGGUCAAAACACAAGACGUCCCACCAACCAGUCAGGGAGUGGAGCAUGGCCAGAUCCAGAGGGAACUAGGAGAUGUUGUCAUUCACCUCCACAAUCCCACAAUUCUCUCAUCGUCCUCCGUCAGAGUCCAGUGGACUGUGGAGCAGCAGUCUCAGUACAUCCAGGGCUAUAAGGUGAUGUACCGGCCGUCCCCGGAGGGCGCUCAGCAGCGUGUGGAAUGGGCCAUGUUUGAGGUUCGAACCCUGGGGGAGCACAGCGCAGUCGUCACCCAGCUCAAGAAGGGCGUGACCUAUGAGUUCAAAGUUCGACCUUUCUUCAACGAGUUCCAAGGCACCGACAGCGACAUCAAAGUGGGCAAGACCCUCGAGGAAGCGCCCAGUGCCGGUCCCCGGGGGGUCACUGUAACAGGAAGCGGAGACAACGGCACAGCGAUCCUGGUAUCCUGGCAACCGCCCCCAGAGGAGGAGCAGAACGGCCUGGUGCAGGAGUAUAAGAUCUGGUGUCUUGGUAACGAAAGCCGAUACCACAUCAACCGCACUGUGGACGGUUCUACACACUCGCUUCUGAUUCCCGGCCUGGUCGCAGGGGUCACGUACAGGGUGGAGGUGGCAGCCAGCACCGGGGCCGGUCCCGGGGUCAAGAGCGAGGCCACGUCCUUCCAGCUGGACUCGUCGGGUCGUGUUCUUCCUCCGCCGCUGGACGAUGAGAACACGAUUUCUCAGCAGAUCUCGGACGUGGUCCGCCAGCCGGCCUUCAUCGCGGGCAUCGGCGCGGCCUGCUGGAUCAUCCUCAUGGUGUUCAGCAUCUGGCUCUACCGGCACCGGAAGAAGAGGAACGGCCUGAGCAGCAGCUACGCCGGCAUCCGUAAAGUGCCCUCCUUCACCUUCACCCCCACAGUGGCCUAUCAGAGAGGAGGAGAGGCCGUCAGCAGUGCGGGAAGGCCGGGUUUAUUGAAUAUAGGUGAACCGGCAACCCAGCCCUGGCUUGCGGACACCUGGCCCAACAGCUGCUCCAAUCAAAACGAUUGCACCAUCAACUGCUGCACCGGGAGCAACGGAAACAGCGACAGCAACCUGGCCACCUACAGCCGCCCAGCUGACUGCAUUGCCAACUACAGCAACCAAAUGGACAACAAGGCCAGCAAUCUGCUGGCUCCAGACACAGGCCUUUACAGCGACGUGGACCUCUCCAACAAGAUCAACGAGAUGAAGACCUUCAACAGCCCCAACCUGAAGGACGGCCGUUUCGUGGGACCCGGUGGUCAGCCCACGCCCUAUGCCACCACCCAGCUCAUCCAGUCCAGCCUGGCCAACAACAACAUGAACAGCAGUAGCUGCGGAAGUGGAGGAGGAAGUGCCGACUUUAACGAGAAGCAGAGCUGGAAGAGCAGCCAGGGAACGCCUCAGAAACAGGCCGACAUCAACACACCACUGCAGUAUAACGUCAUGGAACAAAACAAACUCAACAAGGACCACUACCGAGGUGAGGGUCCCAUCUCAGUCACCAUCCCCUAUAACCAGGCCCAGGACGCCCUCACAGGAGGAACCUACAGCAGCUCGGAUAGGGGAAGCAGCACCUCUGGAAGUCAAGGGCAGAAAAAAGGUGGGCGAACAACUAAACAGGCCAAACAGAACACAAUGAAUUGGACCGAACUGUUGCCGCCGCCUCCGGUUAAUCCUCCACCAUGUCAGGAAUACACACUCUCGAUGGACGACAGUUAUGACACAGACCUGCAGUGCCCUUUGCCACCAUCUCGGAUGUAUCUGCAGCCUGACGAACUUGAAGAGGAGGAGGAGGAGGUGGAGCUGGAGCGCGGACCUACGCCUCCUGUACGGGGAGCGGCUUCCUCCCCUGCAGCCGUGUCCUACAGUCACCAGUCCACCGCGACCCUCACCCCGUCCCCUCAGGAGGAGAUGCAUCCCAUGCUGCACGACAACCCUGACCUACAUGAGCGCAGGCGACUCUUGGUGAGCCCACCCCCUCCACCGCGCCCUCUCUCCCCGCCGCACACGUACGGCUACAUCUCCAGCCCCCUGGGCCUGGACACGGAUGGCCUGGAGGAAGAUGAGGACGAGGAAGAGGGUGACGAGACGGAUGCAGAGGUGGCUCGAGUCCACCAGCACCACAGCCACCCUCACCAGCAGCACUUGCCCCAGCAGAGGGCUCUCCUGCGGGGCCUGGAACAGACCCCGGCCUCCAGCACCUGCGACCUGGAGAGCUCGGUCACCGGGUCUAUGAUCAACGGCUGGGGCUCGGCUUCAGAGGAGGACAACGCCUCGUCGGGUCGCUCCAGCGCCGUCAGCUCGUCGGACGGAUCUUUCUUUACCGAUGCCGAUUUCGCUCAGGCCGUGGCAGCUGCGGCCGAAUAUGCUGGUCUACGAGUGGCAAAGCAUCCUGGGAAAGGCCACCAUCAGCUUCCAGUGUCUGGAGCAGCACGGAAAUACCAAAACCUCCCUGCGGGACACCGUCCAGGCAGCCCAGUGUCCACAGACAGUAACGUUAGCGCAGCCCCGGGUCAGAGGAGGCCCCUAAAGAGGCAAAAACAACAUCCAGCUGCUCAGACAGGCUACCAGCGGCGAGAGGCCUACACAGAGGAUCUUCCACCUCCUCCGAUUCCUCCCCCAGCCAUGCUGAAAUCUCCAACACACCCGGCCAAAACUAUCCCGGACGGACCACGGGGGGCUAUGUCACCCAGAUCCAAUUCUGCUGAUGGCAAAGACAAGCGAACGGGUCCGGGCGGACCCAGGCCCCGGGAUGGCUCGGACACCCGGACCAGCUCUUCAGAACGGCGGGAGGGCCAAGAUAUGCAGAGGGGUCAAAGAACGGGGAAAAGCAGCAAACAAGAUGCCAGUGCAGCCCAGAAGAGCCGCCACCACCCAGGUACUGCACUACAUUCCUGUUGUCUCACAUUAAAUCCUACAAUAAAUAAUGGUCAAGUUACCUACCUUUUUCAUUAUCUUGUCUCUUUCUGGCUCAGAGGACAUCCUACCUUAUAGUCGCCCAUCUUUCCCAGCCAUCCACAGUCCUCGUGGAGAGAGGGACCCCAGCUCCUCCAGUUCACUGUCCUCUCGGGGGUCCGGUGGACGGCGGAGAGGCGAGGGGGCUCCAGGGGCCCGCAGAAACCCUGUAGAUGUUGGGCUAAACACCACAGGAGCCUUCCAGAUAGAUGGGGAGGAGCUUGAGAUGGUGGAGAGCUGAAGAUAAAAAAAAUGGCUGUUUAAACGUCCUCAGCAACCAUCUUCAGUGCAGUUUGACCAUCUCGGUGGUAUCGGAAAACUACCGACCCAGAGUCACGUUUGGAAAACUGACCAACCAUUCUUCAUUUAUUUACCUUAAUUUCAAUGUGCAUUUAAAGAAGAAAAAAAAGACGGAAGAAAAAAAACAAACAAAACAAAAACGAAGGGUACAUUUGAGAGGGGGCUAAAGCAGUUUUGUUUUGAUUCCAAUGCAAUAUGGUGCGUCCGUAAGCUCCUGAAACUGAUUAUGGCUUUGUUCACCUUGGCGAGAAGGUUGUCAGUCAGCUGUUACUGUAAUGAAACUCCAGGCACAAAGGGACUGGCUGACAUGUACAUACACGUGUAUACAUAUCUAACUGUCUUUUAUAAUCCAUUGUGGUACAUUAAAUUUGUCUUCCUUGACUUAUUUGAAUAAUUUUAAAAAUUACGCCAGUUAAUAUAAUUUUUUUUUUAUAGCCGCCAUCCUGGUUGUAAAUUGUCAUAGUGUUUAAACUGCCCCAGGAAAAGUGCCACAUUUUGAGGGUUAUUGUUUGUUCGUUUUUGUUUUUUGUAAUGCACUGUUAUUCUUUUGUCAUUGUUGAUGUUUGUUGUUCUAUGUUUGACUUUGGUUUUAAAAGCACAAUCACUAAACUUUAUUUUGAACCAUGUUAUUGAUUAACCUUUUUGUCUUACGCGAGGGGUGCGCGGACGGUACGACAAAAGGCCUUGUUAAACCUGUCGAUGUAGGGUUAUGAAAAAAAAAAAAAAAAAAAGGAUAAGCUGUUUACAAACGAGUGAAUGAAUGGAAACGAAUCCCUGCAUCCUGACCUUCGGUGUCUUUUCCAGAUUCUCAUUCCAGCUCAAGAUAUCCUGCAAAAAUGAAAGAAAUAUACAGGAAUAAUGCAGGGAUGUUAUGUUUACGAAAGUAUUGCUCCACCUGUGCACUUUCGUUAUUCAAAAGAGAAAUCAUUUUUUUCGAUUUACAUAUGCACUUAACAGGAAGUGGGUGUCGGUUUGAGAAUCUGGGGUGGUCGUGAUUGGCUGGCCGAGGACCCGGCUCUCGUGGGUUGGUUGUGUCAGUCACGCUCUAAAAGGGGUGAGGAUGUGAGUGUUAAUUCAUUUGACAUCUGCAAGCAUUUGUUUCUUAAAACAAAAAAAGCAUUAAAAAAAAUGAAGAAAAAAAUAAAUCAAAAUACUGAAACUGA